UCCUGGGAUGACGAAUUAGCGAAUAUUGCACAAAGAUGGGCCAAUCAAUGCAAAUUUGGUCAUGACAAAUGCAGAAAUGUGGAUAGAUACGCAGUUGGUCAGAAUGUAGCCGAGACAUACAAUUCCGGCGAAAACAAUUCUCCUGUAGAGGGUAUGGUUCAAAUGUGGUACGAUGAAGGGGAUAAAUUUGACAAAAAUGAUGUUAAAAAAUAUAAAUUCGAUUCGAAUACAGGCCAUUAUACUCAAAUGGUCUGGGCUAAAACAACAAAAAUCGGUUGCGGACAGAUAAAAUAUAAGAAAAAUGGCUGGAAAACGAAAUACUUAGUUUGCAAUUACGGCCCAGCUGGAAAUUGGAUAGGUGAGAAAAUAUAUGAAGUUAAAAAAUAAAUCCAAUUGAUAUGGAAAAGAUAUAAUGGAUUAAUAGAAGAUUAAAGAUGUAAGAACUAGUGACACAAAAGAAAAUAGAAAAACAAAUAAAAAGCUAUAAUAUAUGUUUUAUUAAUACGGAGACAAAUAUUCUUCUUUCUCUUCUCGUUCUCCUCUUCUUUUUUCUUUCUCUUUUUAAUAUUGUUUAAUAUCAUCUUUCUCUUCAAAUUUUGCUUGUUAAAAAUAGCUUUCCAACAUUAAACAAAAAA